AAAACAAAAAAUUAAUAAUUUUCAAUGAUCGGGUGGGCAAUGAAAUUAAUCUUUUGUCCAUGCCUGCUGUGGGUAAUAGCUGUUGCGAUCGUGGUACGUGCCAAUGAAUGUGCUCUUAACAGUGAAUGCAUACCCAUAGCCGAUUGUCCCUUCAUCCGAGACAAUUUCAAUUUAAUCAAAAGGAAACCCUAUUGCAAUUUGAAAGGUCAUGGUGCAAAUGUAUGCUGCAGGAAAUCAUCGCAAAAUUAUACGCAACCGAAAUAUGAUGGUUUACCUGUUGCAAGAGAGUGCAAGUCGUACGACAGUCUACCAAGUCUAGAGAAACCACUUCGAGAAGGAUGUCAUUACGAAUCUAAUAUAGUUGGUCGCGUAAGGGCAGAACCUAAAGAGUUUCCUUUCGUGGCGAUGAUAUACCGUAAAGUUGGACGCAAGUAUAUUAAAUUUUGUGUUGGCACUUUGAUAAGCAAAAUGUAUGUGUUAACAUCCGCUGACUGUUUUGUCUACGGCGAAAAUCCGAACUUGGUGCGUUUAGGUGAAUUGGAUUAUGGCACUGGUACCGAUGAUGCUUUGACGCAAGAUAUUGAAAUCAAAAAUAUUAUACCUCAUCAUCGAUAUUCCGCUACUGAACUACUUGUCUACCAUGAUAUUGCUUUGAUUGAAUUGGCAAAAGAAGCCAUCUUUAACGAUUACGUACGUCCUGCCUGUCUAUCUCUAGCAGAUGAUAAUGAUUUUCAACAAUUUGUGUCUGUUGACUGGCCAUUUUCAUCCCAUUUACAUAAAAUGAACUUGAAUCGUCUCGAUUAUGACAAAUGUUUUGAAAUAUUCUGGCGUGAUCGUCACGAAGAAGGUCUUAACAAUCGUACAAAAAUGUGCGUGAUCGGUGCUUGUGACGUUCAUGACGGUAGUCCACUUUUUGUUAGGCAUCCCGAGUUUCCUUGUCAAUUCAUCUUAGUGGGCAUUAAGUCGUUCGGUUACACAGAUUGUGGCAAUAAGCCUACUGUUUACACCAGAGUCAAAUUAUAUAUCGAUUGGAUACAACGUAUCGUUUGGAAUUGA